GUGUGUGUGUUUCCUAUUUAAAGUGACCUCAUUCCUCAGCCGGGUUGGAUGACAUCAUCCUCCGUGUGAAGCCGUGAGCUUUUAUUUUGGCGAGUAAAGAACAGGAAGCCUGUUGAAUCACGGGAUGAACUCCCCGGCUUCUGAUUGGCCGGCAGCUCUCUGUUAUGAUCCCAACACCAGACCAAUUUAACCAAACCCCCCCCCCCCCAGACUCCAAGGCCAUCGUGGAUGGGAACCUGAAGCUGAUCCUGGGUCUGAUCUGGACCCUGAUCCUGCACUACUCCAUCUCCAUGCCCAUGUGGGAGGACGAGGACGCCAAGAAGCUGACCCCCAAGCAGCGCCUGCUGGGCUGGAUCCAGAACAAGGUCCCCCAGAUCCCCAUCCACAACUUCCACCGGGACUGGAGGGACGGCAAGGCCCUGGGAGCCCUGGUGGACAACUGUGCCCCUGGUCUGUGUCCAGACUGGGAGACCUGGGACCCCCGUCAGCCGGUGCAGAACGCCCGCGAGGCCAUGCAGCAGGCCGACGACUGGCUGGGAGUCCCUCAGGUCAUCGCUCCAGAGGAGAUCGUGGACCCCAACGUGGACGAGCACUCCGUGAUGACCUACCUGUCCCAGUUCCCCAAGUCCAAGCUGAAGCCCGGGGCCCCCCUGAGGACCAAGACGCUGCACCCCAAGAGGGCCAAAGCCUACGGACCCGGUCUGGAGCCCCGGGGGAACGUGGUCCUGGAGCCGGCCGAGUUCCUGGUGGAGACGGUGGAGGCCGGCCUGGGAGAGGUCCUGGUCUACGUGGAGGACCCGGAGGGACACACAGAGGAGGCCCGCGUGGUCCCCAACAACGACCAGACCCGGAGCUACUCGGUGGUCUACCUGCCCAAAGUGGAGGGGCUCCACAAAGUGAAGGUGCUGUUUGCCGGGCAGGACGUGGACAGAAGUCCCUUCACGGUGAACGUCUCCAAGGCGAUGGGCGACCCGACCCGGGUCCAGGCCCGGGGACCAGGUCUACAGCCGUCGGGGAACGUGUCCCACAAACCCUCGUACUUCGACAUCUACACCGCCGGGGCCGGAGACGUGGGCGUCGUCAUCGUGGACUCGAGUGGCCGGAGGGACACCGUGGAGAUUGUGCUGGAGAACAAAGGGGACAGUGUCCUGCGCUGCAGCUACGUCCCGGAGCUGGAGGGACCGCACACCGUCUACGUCUCCUUCGCCGGGCAGCAGAUCCCCAGAAGCCCUUUCACCGUGAACAUCUCCGAGGCCUGCACCCCCAGCGCAUGCCGGGCGGCGGGCCGCGGUCUGCAGCUCAAGGGUCUGAGGGCGCAGGAAGUCGCCGAGUUCAAGGUCUACACCAGAGGAGCCGGCAGCGGAGAACUCACCGUGACCCUGAAGGGACCACAGGGUGUGGACGAGCCGGUCCAGGUCCUGGAGGUGGACCCCGGGACCUUUGAGUGCACCUACUGCCCCGCCACGGAGGGGAAACACGUGGUGACCGUCACCUGGGGGGGAUACGGCGUGCCACGCAGCCCGUUCGAGGUGCAGGUGAGCGAGGGGGCGGGGCCUCAGAAGGUGCGGGCCUGGGGUCCCGGUCUGGAGACCGGUCUGGUGGGCCGGAGCGCCGACUUCGUGGUGGAGGCCAUCGGCACGGAGGUGGGAACACUGGGGUUCUCCAUCGAGGGCCCGUCUCAGGCGAGGAUCGAGUGCGAGGACAAGGGCGACGGGUCGUGUGACGUGCGGUGCUGGCCCACCGAGCCGGGCGACUACGCGGUGCACGUGGUGUGUGACGACGAGGACAUCAGGGACAGCCCCUUCAUGGCCCGCGUGCUGCCGGCGCCGCCGGACACGCCCCCCCACCCGCCCCUGACCCCGCCCCCCGUGACAUGUGACUGCCCCGCAGGUGACGUGAGCAUCGGCGUGAAGUGCGCCCCGGGCGUGGUCGGGCCCUCAGAGGCCGACAUCGACUUCGACAUCAUCAAGAACGACAACGACACGUUCACGGUGAAGUUCACGCCGCCGGGCGCCGGCCGCCACACCGUCAUGGUGCUGUUCGCCGACCAGGAGAUCCCCGCCAGCCCCUUCAGAAUAAAGGUCGACCCGGCCCACGACGCCGCCAAGGUCCGAGCCGAGGGACCCGGACUCGCCCCGACAGGGGUGGAGGUGGGGAAGCCGACCCACUUCACCAUCUACACCAAGGGAGCCGGGAAGGCCGACCCGGAGGUCCACUUCACCGGCGCCGCCGAGAAGCGGUCGAGACUUGAGAUCGCCGACAACCCACGUCUGCGUGACCGCCGUGGGGCAGGUCCCCAUCAGGGCCUCGCCUCCAUCACCGUGAGCCACGGAGGAGACCCGAUCCCCAAGAGCCCCUUCAGCGUCAGCGUGGCCCCCCCGCUGGACCUCAGCAAGGUCAAAGUUCAGGGUCUGAACAACAAGGUGGAGGUGGGGGCGGACCAGGAGUUCUUCGUCAGCACCCGAGAGGCCGGAGGUCAGGGGACCCUGGAGGUCCAGAUCUCCGCCCCUUCUCGCCGACCAAUCCCCUUCAAGCUGGAGCCGGGCUCGGCCAAUGAGGAGCACGUGGUGCAGUACAUCCCCCCCGAGGAGGGCCAGUACCGGGUGGAGGUCAGCUACGACGGAAACCCGGUCCCAGGAAGUCCGUUUAGCGUGGAGGGGGUCCUGCCCCCCGACCCCUCAAAGGUCCAGGCCUACGGUCCAGGUCUCCAGGGGGGCGUUGUGGGUAGACCCGCCCCCUUUGCCAUCGACACAAAGGGAGCCGGCCCCGGGGGCCUGACGGUGGAGGGGCCGUGCGAGGCCAAGAUCCAGUGCCAGGACAACGGGGACGGGUCCUGCUCCGUGUGCUACCUGCCCACCGAGCCCGGCGACUACGCCAUCAACAUCCUGUUCGCGGACCGGCACGUCCCCGGGUCCCCCUUCGGGGCCGCGGUGCGGCCGGCCUUCGACCCCGGCAAGGUGACGGCCAGCGGGCCGGGCCUGGAGCGGGCGAAGCUCGGCGAGGACGGGUCCUUCACGGUGGACUGCUCCGAGGCCGGAGAGGCCGAGCUCACCGUCCAGAUGACCUCGGACUCCUUACUACUUAUACUAGUGGCGCCCCCUGCAGGCAUCCUGAGGGAGGUCACCAUCCACUUCCUGGUGGACGCCCGGGCGCACCAUCAGAGCGGCGGCAGCCUGGUCAAAGCCGGCGUGACCACCCCGUCAGGCGCCACCACGGACGCCUACGUCACCGACAAGGGGGACGGGACCUACCGGGCGGAGUACACGGCCUACGAGGACGGUCUGCAUCUCAUUGAAGUCCUGUUCGAUGAGGUCUCGUUGCCGAUGAGUCCCUUCAGGGUGGCGGUGGCGGAGGGUUGUGACCCCAGUCGAGUCCGAGCCUACGGUCCCGGUCUGGAGGAAGGCCAGGUUAACAAACCGAACCGCUUCACCGUGGAGACCAGAGGUGCUGGCACUGGAGGUCUUGGUUUGGCCAUCGAGGGUCCAUCUGAGGCGAAGAUGUCCUGUAAGGACAACAAAGAUGGCAGCUGCAGUGUUGAGUAUAUCCCCUUCACUCCAGGAGAGUACGACGUCAACAUCACCUUCGGAGGCCUUCCUAUCCCAGGGAGCCCAUUUCGGGUCCCAGUGCGAGAGCUGGUGGAUCCCAGUAAAGUGAAGUGUUCCGGCUUCGGAUUGGGAAGUGGGGUCCGAGCCCAAGUCCCUCAGACCUUCACUGUGGACAGCAGUAAGGCAGGAGUGGCCCCCCUGGAGGUCCAGCUGUACGGGCCCACAGGUGUGAGCGAGCCAAUCAGCAUCACCGACAACGGAGACGGGACUCACACCGCCGACUACCUUCCUGCUGCCGACGGCCCGUACACGCUGAGGGUGAAGUACGCCGACCAGGAGGUCCCUCGCAGUCCUUUUAAGAUCAGGACCUUACCGACUCACGAUGCCAGUAAAGUCCAAGCCAGCGGUCCAGGUCUCAAUGCGUCUGGAGUUCCAGCCAGUCUGCCGGUUGAGUUCACCAUUGAUGCCAGAGACGCCGGAGAGGGACUGCUCACCGUUCAGAUCCUGGACCCGGAGGGGAAGCCCAAGAAGGCCAACAUCCGGGACAACUGGGACGGGACCUACACCGCGUCCUACGUCCCGGACCUGACGGGCCGAUACACCAUCACCAUCAAGUACGGAGGGGACGAGAUCCCGUCCUCACCGCACCGCAUCCACGCCCUGCCCACCGGGGACGCCAGCAAGUGCCUGGUCACCGUGUCGAUCGGGGGACACGGACAAGGAUCAGGUAUCGGCCCGACCAUCCAGAUCGGAGAGGAGACGGUCAUCACUGUGGACGCAAAGGCUGCUGGGAAAGGCAAAGUGACCUGCAAGGUGUCCACUCCCGACGGGGCGGAGCUGGACGUGGACGUGGUGGAGAACGCCGACGGGACGUUUGACGUCUACUACACGGCGCCGGAGCCGGGGAAGUACGUCAUCACCAUCCGGUUCGGAGGGGAGCACAUCCCCCACAGCCCCUUCCACCUGGUGGCCUCCGGUGACCCGGUCAGCCCGGUGGGCGGCGUGGAGCCGGGGCUCCGCCCCUUCAGCCUGGUCAUCCCCUUCACGGUGCAGAAAGGAGAGGUCACCGGUGAAGUGCGCAUGCCGUCCGGCCGCACGGCGAGUCCUCACAUCGCCGACAACAAGGACGGCACCGUCACCGUCGGGUUCUCGCCCACGGAGCGCGGCCUGCACGAGAUGGACAUCCAGUACGACGGGCGCCACAUCCCAGGAAGUCCACUCCAGUUACACGUGACGGCGUUCGGCCCCGGCCUGAGCCACGCCGCCGUGGGCCGAGCCGCCGCCUUCACCGUCGUCACCAAGGACGCCGGAGAAGGGGGUCUGUCUCUGGCCGUGGAGGGGCCGUCCAAAGCCCACAUCAGCUGCCAGGACCACCAGGACGGGACCUGCACCGUGUCCUACCUGCCCACCGUCGCCGGGGACUACAGCCUCACCGGCAAGGUCCACGGCCGGCACAUCCCCGGCAGCCCCUUCACCGCCAAGACCACCGGUGACGAGUCCACGAGGACGACUCAGCUCAACGUCGGCACGGCAACAGACGUGUCCCUGAACAUCACGGAGACGGACCUGAGCAUCAGGGCGCCGUCGGGCGGCGAGGAGGCGUGUCAUCUGAAGAGGCUCCCCAACCGACACAUCGGACUCCUCCGGUACUGGUCUCUGUCCGGCAGGCAUCUCCUUCACGCCGAAGGAAGUGGGCGCCACGUGGCCCGCAGCCCCUUCAGGGUCCUGGUGGGGCCGGCGGAGAUCGGGGACCCCAGCAAGGUGCAGGUCUACGGCCAGGGCCUGGUGGGGGGGCGCACCUUCCAGGUGGCCGAGUUCACCGUGGACACCAGGAGCGCAGGCUACGGGGGUCUGGGCCUGUCCAUCGAGGGCCCCAGUAAGGUGGACUUCACCUGUGAGGACGUGGAGGACGGGACCUGCAGGGUCACCUUCUGCCCCACGGAGCCGGGGGCCUACGUGGUCAGCAUCAAGUUCUCCGAGCAGCACGUCCCGGGGAGUCUGUUCUGCGUGGCGGUGGGUGGAGACGGGCGGAUGAAGGAGAGCAUCACCAGGAGGCGCCAGGCUCCCUCCAUCGCUACUGUGGGCAGCACCUGUGACCUCAGCCUCAAGAUACCAGGGACCUGGUUCCAGCUGGUCUCGGCCCAGGACCGCGUGGCCCCGCCCUUCAGCAGGAGGACCUACACCCGGACGGAGCGCACGGAGAUCAGCGAGACGCGUGCGGGGGAGACCAAGAGGGAGGUGCGGGUGGAGGAGCGCACGCAGGUGGGGGACCCCUUCAGGGCCCGCUUCCCCUUCCUGGGCCGGGAGGCGCUGGGCGGGUUCAGCGCGCCUCCUCCCCCCCCACUGCAGAUGGUGGUCGGGGAGGACGGCGCCUACAGCGUCCGCUUCGUGCCGCGGGAGACGGGCCCCCACGGCGUGGCCGUGAGGUACCGGGACCGCCACGUCCCCGGGAGCCCCUUCCAGUUCACCGUGGGGCCCCUGGGGGAGGGGGGGGCCCUCAAGGGGUCUACUUGUGGUUCUGGGUCCUCAGCCGAGUUCAGCAUCUGGACCAGAGAGGCCGGGGCCGGAGGGCUGUCCAUCACCGUGGAGGGGCCCCCAAGGCCCACAGGGACCGGGGAGACCCCCAAGGCCCACAGGGACCGGGGAGACCCCCAAGACCCACAGGGACCGGGGAGACCCCCAAGGCCCACAGGGACCGGGGAGACCCCCAAGGCCCACAGGGACCGGGGAGACCCCCAAGGCCCACAGGGACCGGGGAGACCCCCAAGACCCACAGGGACCGGGGAGACCCCCAAGACCCACAGGGCUAACUCUUCACUGAGGAGUCAGGAGGACUCAUGUGGUCUGUGGUGGUCCCUAGGGGACUACGAGGUCUCCAUCAAGUUCAACGAGGACCACAUCCCAGACUCUCCGUUCGCCGUGCUCGUCGCCAGCCGGUCCGGGGACGCCGGGCGCCUCGCCGUCGGCAGCCUGCAGGAGGCGGGCCUGAAGGUGGGCCAGGAGGCCUCCUUCACCGUGAACGGAGCCAGAGGGCCGGUCGACGCCCACAUCCACCCGCCAUCCGGCGCCCUGGAGGCGUGCUCCACCACGGAGCUGGACCACGACCAGCAUGCCAUCCGAUUCGUCCCCAGGGAGAACGGAGUUCAUUCCAUCGACGUCCGUUGCCAUGGUAACCACGUCCCCGGCAGUCCCUUCAAGAUCCGGGUGGGGGAACCGGGCCAGGCGGGAGAUCCCGGCAUGGUGUCCGCCUCCGGCCCCGGCCUGGAGGGAGGGGCCACAGGGGCCGAGGCGGAGUUCCUGGUGAACACCUGUAACGCCGGAUCGGGAUCUCUGGCCCUGACCAUCGACGGGCCCUCGAAGGUGAAGAUGGACUGCCAGGAGGGCCCCGAGGGCUACAAGGUGGCCUACACACCCAUGGCUCCUGGGAACUACCUGAUCUCCAUCAAGUAUGGAGGCCCCCAGCACAUUGUAGGGAGUCCCUUCAAAGCCAAAGUCUCAGGUCCUCGUCUGUCCGGCGGACUCGGUCUCCACGAGACCUCCUCUGUUGUCGUGGAGACGGGAGGCGCCUUCGGCACCUCGCCGCGGUUCUCCUCCGACGCCAGCAGAGCGGUCCCCAGGGGCCCGGGUCUGUCCAAGGCCUUCGUGGGCCAGAAGAACCAGUCCACGGUGGACUGCAGCCGAGCAGGCUCCGACAUGCUGCUGGUGGGGGUCCACGGGCCCCGGAGCCCCUGUGAGGAGGUCUCUGUGAAGCACCUGGGGGCCCGCCUGUACAGCGUGAGCUACACCGUGAAGGAGCGCGGCGGCUGCCUCCUCAUCGUCAAGUGGGGCGACCACCACGUCCCCGGGAGCCCCUUCCGCUUCACCGUCUCCUAGCAACCAAAGUCUUCCUCGUCUACCGUCCGGAUGUUAGCACGUUAGCACGGCGGUCAGAGGAGACGGAUGAACUUCAGGAGUUGUGGCUUUAGUCUUUUAUUUAUUCUCCUUUGAUUGUCUUUGACAGAAAAUGUUCUGAUGAUGAGGAAGAGCAGGCGAUGAGGAAGAUCUGAGAAACACGGCUUAGUUUUCACAUGAAGACGAGCGAUGAAGAACCGCCGCGUGGCUGUGGGGUCUGAUGUGGAUGAUGAGAACAAUAAAGUUUACUCGCUCACCG